ACCGCGUCCGUUAAAGACGCGAGGAUAAAUAAAUACAUUUGACGGCGCUGUUUCUCUGCUGCUGCUGCUUGUUUCCUUUCACACUCUGACAUCACCAUGGCUGACCAGGAAACCAUCACCGUCUCAGAGUACAUUGCGGAGCAGGAACGACUAGAGAAGGAAGCCCGAGAGCUGUUCCCCAAGAAGUUUGACAUUUGCUCAAACAGCAUGGGUUACAUUCGCCAACCUGUGUACUCGUGCCUAACCUGCAAUCCCAACCCCUCCGAAGAAGCUGGAUUCUGUUACUCCUGCAGUAUCUCAUGUCAUGGAGAGCACAACCUUGUGGAGCUUUUUACGAAAAGACACUUUCGAUGCGACUGCGGCACGAAAAAGUUUAGGGAGACCAAGUGCAAGCUGGACCCGAAACCCGAGGGAUCUGUCAACGAACUAAACGUGUACAAUCACAACUAUCUGGGUAGAUUCUGUUGGUGCGAUAUUCAGUACGACCCCACAAAGGAGGAGAGCACUAUGUUACAGUGCGUUGUCUGCGAGGACUGGUUCCACGAUACAUGUAUUGGAAUUACGCCUCAUGGCGACGACUUUGACGACUUUAUCUGUAGGACUUGCACCCGAGCCCAUCCGUUUCUCCGUAAAUAUGCGCAGCACCCGCUAUUCAUGAUCGGACUGUCCGAAAAGGGUAGCGCAUCAAAAUCGGUUGUAAUGGUCGACUGUUCCAAGAAGACUAGCAAAGACAGCAAAGGCAAGGAAAUUGACAAGAAGGAUGAAAAGAACGAGGAGAUUAAGGAGCAGGAAGUUGAUGUCGUUUCGAUCGAAAUGACCACUACAGCCUCAGUAACGACGACAGCCACGACGACGACGGCAACGGCUACAGUCAUUUCAGAUUUAUCGGAGCAAACUCAGGAAUUGCAAACCGUCAGCCAUGUGAAGCGCUCGCUGGAGACGACUGUUGAGGAUGCUGCGGAGGAGCAUGAUGCGGGUAGUUCGUCAAGCCAGAACAAACGAAUCAAAAUGGAGGCGGGGACGUGCAAACUGGAGAACCAGCCUGAGGACGCCUAUUCAGACCAGGAGAUGAAUCUCUUUGCCACAGAGGGCUGGCGAGAACUCCUCUGCCAGUGCGUUGCGUGCAUGGCUAUGUACACCAAGGGAAACGUCCAGUUCAUCCUGGGUGAAGAGCCCGUGUACGAGGACGAGGAGGACGAUGAUGCAGAAACAUCAAUUUUGGAGAGCGGCAUGAAAAAGCUGAACGAGAUGGACCGCGUUAAGAUGAUGGACGGUAUGCUGGCAUACAGUAAAAUGAGGGACGAGAUCCGCAGCUUCCUGAUGCCGUUCUCUGAACAGGGCAAGACUGUCACCGCGGAUGAUAUCCAGGCCUUUUUCACGGCAAAGAUGGAGCGACGAUCAUCGCAAGGCAGUAAACCCAACUUCUUCUAAAAAAACAAUAUCGCCUCAUCGCCUAUUGCUAUCUAAUAAAAGUCGUCAAAUGCACU